UCGACCUCAAUUAACAGUUGUCUCAAGUGGAUUUGCCUUAAAAUGCUGAUCAUAUUUUGUGCAGCUCUCGUGUUCACAAUCGGGCGGUGCACAGACGACCAAGGCUUUGUGACAAAGACUGUUUGUGUUGGAGAAGAUGUGACUCUGACAUGUAGCCGCCAGUCUGGAUUAGCAGGUGUCUUACUUUGGAUGAGAGUUGUACCUGGAAACUUCCCUGAAAUAUUAGGAGCAACUUAUACUUUUGAUAGUGCAGUUGCUAAUAAGGCUCCUCGCAUUACAACCAAACAGGAGCCUGGAAUAUUUGUUCUACAUAUUACCCAGACAGAGCUGAGUGAUGCUGCAUGUUACUACUGCCAACAAGUGAUUGAACUAAAGACGACAUUUCUGAAUAAAACCUUACUGAGAGUCAACGGACCAGAACCUGAUAUCACUGCCAUCACUCAAGACCUACCAUCUGAUCCAGUCCGUCCAGGAGACUCAGUGACUCUGCAGUGUUCAGUCCUCUCUGACUCUGACACCAAAACAUGUCCCGGAGAUCACAGUGUGUUCUGGUUCAAAGCUGGAUCUCAUGAAUCUCAUCCCAGUGUCUUUUAUGCUCAUGGAAACAGUGAGUGUGAGAAGAGUCCUGAAGCCGGAUCUCCACAGAAAUGUAUCUACAGCUUCUCUAAGAACGUCAGCUCCUCUGAUGCCGGGACCUAUUACUGUGCUGUGGCCACAUGUGGAGAGAUAUUAUUUGGAAAUGGAACAAAACUGGACAUUGAAGGAGCCAGCUCAGGGUCUAUUGAUGUUUUACUGGAGGACAGAAUAAUUCUGCUCCUCCUGUGUGCUGUCCUGGCUAUAAGUGUGAUUGUUAUAGCUGUCCUCAUUUACAUCAUCAAGAAGAACAAGUGUGGUUAUUGCAAUAAUGAAGCUGCUGUUUCCCUGCAGCAGUAUCUUGCAAAAAGGAAUUUAAAGACAGGUGAAGACACAUGGGCUUAUUCUGCUGUCGUCUUCUCUGUGAUGAAAGCUGACAGUGGUGGACCGAGGGAUUUAAAGGCAGCAGAGAGGGAGAGGAUCUACGCAGCUGUCAAGGCUUUUGGGUUGGAUUAGCAGGUUAACUGGACUGUUUGAGAUCACUUAGUACCAUAUGUGAAAGAUGAUGUUACUCUGUUGAAAGGGGCUGUAUGGGACAUUGAGAUGAUUCAGAGGCUUCGCCAGGAUUGCCUGAACAUGGCUAUCAACAUGGAGGUUACAUGAGGUUACAGGAGGUUACAGGAGGUAACGACGUUAACUAGGAACAGGCAUCAGCAUCCAAAUCUGUUUGAUUGCAUUGGCUUGAACUGGAAUGCUUCAGCUGGCUGUGAGCCGUGCAGCACUGCCAUUUUGAGCUGAACUUUUGUCGCCCUAUAUUUACUCCUGUCAGUUGCUUUGAAAACUCUACAAUGGACAAGUAGCGACUGAUUCGUGAGGCUAAAUGAACCUUCUGCCUUCAUUCUGGAUUUGUUAAAUUUAGCAUCUGAUUCCCGCCAAAAGGUGGCAGCAAUAUUAAGUCACAGAACCUCUGUAAAAGCACAGUGUCCAGAAAGGAACUGCAGAGUCAACAGGGGUAUGGAAAGACAGAUACUUGUAGUGCUCAAUCCAAGCUUCGACAAAAACUGUCCCUGAAUAGGUCAGCACCCACAGCACAACAGUGUGCAGUUUGCUAUAUUAAGACACUGACAGGGAAACUGAGCCGUUGGUUCUCAUUAUGCUGUCAUACUAAAUGUCCCCAAAAAAAAAAACUUUUCAGCAUCUCACAACAGCAGAUGU